AUGUUGUCACAGUCCCUUACAUGGUAAUAUGCUAAUUAACUCCCUUUAUAGGAUGAAGAAUUUCAUUUGGAUCAAAUGCAACAUUAUUUAGACUCCGAUUUUGCUUAUUGGAAUCCGAAAUUGACAACUCCGCCUAUGCUUUACUUUCUUAAUUACCCCUUUAUUGUGUUACUCUCCAAAAUGGGUUUAAGCACACUCAUGGCUUGCAGAAUAAUCAACACUUUUAUAUAUCCCUCUAUUACAUUUUUAGUUUUAUCGAAAUCCUUUUAAAAUACAGAAAAGGCUUUACUAUUUUCAAUUCUCCCGACAAUUUAUUUUUAUAACUUUCUGUUUUACACAGAUACCUUAUCAAUCACAUUGUUAUCCUUAUCUUUUCAAUUAUUGCAGUCAAAGUAUUAUUUCAUCUCUUCAAUUUUUUCAUUAUGCUCCGUGAUGAGUAGAUAAACAAACAUACUGUGGAUAGUUUACUUCUGCAUUAAAGACUACCUGGAUCAAAACUAAGCCAAAUUAUAAUUCAAAGAUCCCAGAUUAUCUAUUCUAUUUCAUGUUAAUGCUUUGUUAAACAUGAUUUUGAGUGACAUAAAAGGCAUUGUAAGAAAAUACAAAUAUCACAUAUUCAUUUUAAUCCUAUUCAUUGGAUUCCUGUAUACAAAUGGUGGAGUUGUGUUAGGAGAUAAGGAUAAUCAUAAAUUUGUUUUCCAUGCUGCUCAGAUCAUGUACUUUUUACCAGUUCUGUUUAUCUAUUUUCCAAUAAACUGGAAUACGCUAUUUUAAUACACCUAAUUAUCCAUUAAGAGAUUACUCUUGUCUAGAAAUGCCAAAUUCACUUAUUUGAUUAUUUUGAUAAUAUGUUUGGAGAUCGUUCAUAAUUGGACCUACAUCCAUCCAUUUAUUUUAAGUGAUAAUCGCCAUUAUGUGUUCUAUAUUUGGAGAAAGAUCCUCUCCAAAGAUGUAUAUCGUUACUGCUUGUGCUUCUUUUAUGCUUUGAUAAUUGUGAUUCUAAGCAGGAUUUUAAUCAGUAAUUAAACUUUCUAAUUAAUUUUACUCUUCAUAUUCACAACGCUAUCUCUCAUAUUCAGCCCUUUGAUUGAGCCAAGAUAUUUCAGCAUUCCCUUAUUGUUCUUCUAUUACCAUUGUUAAUUUGCAGAAUAAACUCUGAAGAAACAAAUCACAGUCUUUACUCUAAUGAAUUGCAUUAUUGUUUAUGUAUUUUGCGAAGUUAAGUUUUCUUGCGAUUUCCCCCAAUGUAGAUUUAUGUUUUGA